GUGGGCUUUAUGAUAAUCUGACGGCAACAGUGGGAAGCUACCCCGCACUUCUGUCCUAAGAUAGACAGGCAACAUUACCGAUCUCGAAGCCCCUACACUAGCCAGCAGCCAUCAUUGUCCGAGGAUCCCCGAGGCAAGAUACCCCAAACCUAGAAGCUUCUCAUUUAAAGGUAUGCCUUCACCAAGCCAGCUCCGUCUCGCAGCCGCCCGGCUCUCCCGUCCUCCUGGCUCUUAUGCUUAUCGUUUGUCCGGCAACCCCCAGAUCUUCAAAUCCGAACCUCCUCCUGCGUGUGCCUCUAGAACUGGCUCGUUGAAUCACACAACAUUUCUCUCUGUAAAACAGCAAGCCGCCAAGAUGUCCACCAUGCAAGCCUCCCACGGCCACAACCAGGCCUGCUGCAACAUCCCUCCUGUUGUCUCCAAGGGUUACUCUGCCAAGGGUAGCUACGAGGAGAUUGAUGGCUUCAAGACUUGCCCCUCCACCGCCAAAAAGGGCAUCCUCGUCAUCUACGACAUCUUCGGCUACUUUGAGCAAACCCUCCAAGGCGCCGACAUCCUCGCCACUUCUUCCUCGGAAGAAUACAAAGUCGUCAUCCCCGACUGGUUCAAAGGCGAGCCCUGCCCCAUCGAGUGGUAUCCCCCCAACACGGAAGAGAAGCAAAAGAACCUUGGCGCCUUCUUUGGCAAGAACCCGCCUCCCGGCGUGGCCGGCAAGCUCCCUGAGUAUGUCAAGGCUCUGAAGGAGAAGACGGGGGUGCAGGAGUGGGCUAUUUUGGGUUUCUGCUGGGGCGGGAAGGUUGUGUCUCUCGUGACGUCUGGGGAUCAGAAUCCUUUUGUUGUCGGCGCAGAGUGCCAUCCUGCUAUGGUUGACCCCAAGGAGGCGGAGGGGAUCAAGAUCCCGCUUAUUUUGCUUGCGUCCAAGGAGGAGCCGGAGGACAAGGUCAAGGAGUUUGAGGAGAAACUCAAGGUGGCGAAGCAUGUCGAGACGUUCAAGGACCAGAUCCACGGGUGGAUGGCGGCGAGGAGUGAUCUGAGCGAUGCGAGGGUGAAGGAGGAGUAUAUCAGGGGAUAUAAGACGGUGUUGGACUUCUUUGCGAAGAACUGGAAGGCGUGAGUGUUUUUUCGAAAUGUUUGGAAACAGAAGAAAUAGGGGACUAAGAAAUAAAUAGGGGUGGAGACAGGGGGAAGUUGUAGGUUAGCGCUAUGGUCACGAAAUGAUGAGUCUUCAAUGGCAAUGCUAUUCUUUCAUUCACUAGGUAACCUUUGCUCUGGUCAGUCCCGCAAACAACAC